AGUGACAGUCCAUACCAGGGUGGUGUAUUCUUCCUCACAAUCCAUUUCCCUACAGACUAUCCCUUCAAGCCUCCAAAGGUAGGCUUCACGACCAAAAUAUACCACCCCAACAUAAACAGCAAUGGCAGCAUAUGUCUGGACAUCCUGAGAUCGCAAUGGUCCCCUGCCCUCACUGUAUCCAAAGUUCUAUUGUCCAUAUGUUCCCUCUUAUGUGACCCCAACCCAGACGACCCUUUAGUACCUGACAUUGCACAGAUUUACAAAACGGACAAAGAAAAAUACAACAGACUAGCAAGAGAAUGGACCUCGAAGUACGCCAUGUAAAAAAAAAAUUGCCAUAGGUUAAGAGGAUUGCACUCAACUCAUCCAGGAUUGACCCAUUCCAAAAUCCCAAAGUACUGUACACAUUCGAAGUAAAUGCUGAAGCAAAAAGUGUUUUUUUAUAUAUAUAUAUCAAUAUAUACAUUCAUAAAUUGCAGUAUGCGUGAGCAUCUGUAUCCUUAAUUUUCUUUUUCUUUUUUUUUAACACUAACGAUCACUUUUAUUUUGAACUGCUGAUUUGAGCCAUCAGGUAGAGGAAAACGGAUACUUAUUCCUCAUAAUUUUAGGUACUUUUUAUUUGGUUUUCUUUUUUUUUGUAAAAAUGUAUAGUUUACAAAGCUAUACUGUAUCUAUUUGCAUUAAAAGCUUGAAGGUGUUGGGAAAUGGA